AAAUUGUAGUCGUAGCUUGGCUACUUGUAAUAACAAAAAGAAUCGAUUAACAGCCUCAUACUCGUUUUCCUUCCCCAUCCAUUUCACAAACUCACUCCAAGAGAGUAGUGAGGGAGCAAUGGAGAAGAUGGCACCACUCACUACUCACACUAUCCACGCCUCUCUCUUCCCCACUCUUCCAAACGCAUCGUUUCAACCCUUCUUCUCUAACCAACUACGUGCCCUUCCCCUAUCUUCUUCUUCUUCUUCUUCUUUAACCGCCGCCAAACGAUUCUCUUCCUCGACUUGCAGGCCCAUCAAAUGCUCCGUUUCCGAGGCCACUGAGCCCAAAGCUGAGAAGAAGAAGCAAUUGCUGAGAAGAGGGGACGUGAGAAACAUAGCAAUUGUUGCUCACGUUGACCAUGGCAAAACUACUCUCGUCGAUGCCAUGCUUAAACAAACAAAGGUAUUUCGUGAUAAUCAAUUUGUUCAGGAAAGGAUUAUGGACUCGAAUGAUUUGGAGCGUGAGAGAGGCAUCACAAUACUGAGUAAAAAUACAUCUGUCACCUAUAAAGACACAAAGAUUAAUAUAAUAGACACUCCUGGUCACUCUGAUUUUGGGGGUGAAGUGGAGCGCAUCUUAAAUAUGGUGGAAGGAAUCCUUCUAGUGGUAGAUUCUGUUGAAGGGCCGAUGCCACAGACAAGAUUUGUCUUAAAGAAGGCUUUAGAGUUUGGUCAUUCUGUUGUCGUGGUUGUGAAUAAAAUAGAUAGGCCUUCAGCUCGGCCCGAUUUCGUUGUCAACUCUACUUUUGAACUCUUCAUUGAACUAAAUGCAACAGAUGAACAGUGUGACUUUCAAGUAAUAUAUGCAAGUGGUAUAAAAGGGCAAGCAGGGCUGUCUCCUGAAAAUCUGGCAGAAGACCUUGGUCCAUUGUUUGAAUCCAUCAUUAGAUGCAUCCCUGGACCACGCAUUGUCAAAGACGGUGCACUUCAAAUGCUUGUUACAAAUAUUGAGUAUGAUGAACAUAAAGGGCGUAUAGCAAUUGGGCGUGUGCAAGCAGGAACUUUAGAAAAAGGCUUGGAUGUCCGAGUAUGUACUUCAGAAGAUUCAUGUAGAUUUGGAAGAAUAAGUGAGCUUUAUGUGUAUGACAAAUUCAAUAGGGUCCCUGCAGAUAGUGUGGAGGCUGGUGAUAUAUGUGCAGUGUGUGGAAUUACUGAUAUUCAGAUUGGGGAGACAAUUGCUGAUAAAGUAUCUGGGAAGCCACUACCUUCCAUCAAAGUGGAAGAACCGACAGUGAAAAUGUCUUUCUCUAUAAACACUUCACCUUUUGUUGGCCGCGAGGGAAAGUAUGUUACUAGUAGGAAUUUAAGGGACAGGCUUUAUCGUGAACUUGAGCGUAAUCUGGCCAUGAAAGUUGAAGAUGGUGAAACAGCUGAUACUUUUGUUGUCAGUGGACGUGGAACUUUGCAUAUCACCAUACUCAUAGAAAAUAUGCGAAGAGAAGGAUAUGAAUUCAUGGUUGGACCCCCCAAAGUUAUCAACAAGAAGGUGAAAGAACAACUGUUGGAACCGUAUGAGAUUGCAACAGUGGAAGUACCUGAAGAGCACAUGGGAGCUGUUGUUGAACUUCUUGGCAAGAGACGGGGACAAAUGUUUGAUAUGCAAGGCGUUGGAUCGGAAGGAACUACGCUACUCAAAUAUAAGAUCCCAACGCGUGGCCUUCUUGGAUUGCGUAACUCAAUUUUAACUGCCUCCCGAGGGACAGCAAUUCUCAACACCAUCUUUGAUAGCUAUGGGCCUUGGGCUGGUGACAUUAGUACUCGGGAUCAAGGCUCACUGGUUGCUUUUGAGGAUGGAACAAGUACUUCUUACGCAAUCUCUAGUUCACAGGAGAGGGGACAGAUGUUUAUUGGUCCUGGAGUGGAUGUUUAUAAAGGUCAAAUUGUUGGCAUUCAUCAGCGACCUGGAGACUUGUCCUUGAAUGUUUGUAAGAAGAAAGCUGCAACCAACAUACGUUCCAACAAGGAACAAACAGUGAUUCUUGAUACACCAUUGGACUAUAGUCUGGAUGACUGCAUUGAAUACAUCCAAGAAGAUGAACUAGUAGAGGUCACCCCAGCAAGCAUCCGAAUGUGCAAGAAUCCAAAAAUUACAAAUAAGAAAACAAGGUAGACUUUCACUGUGAAGCAGUAACUUGGGAAUGCUUUUUGAGGUACUGCUGUUGAAGCCGCAUAACUCAUUAAUGCUGUUGCUGCUAAAGUGAUGAAGAAGCAAAUCACUAUCAUUGAUGUUAUGCCACAUAUAUUUUUUCCAAAACUGCAGGCAGAAUAAUAUAGGAACGGGUUAAAAGCCGUAUUCAUUAUAGCUGUUGUUCACAAUCGAUUUAAAGGGAUGAAGUUACACUGAAUUUUGUUUACUUGCUUUGUAUAGUCUCCAUUUAUUAGCCAUAAGGAACAUGAAGAUAUUAAUUCUUUAUCUUAUGGUUAUUGGUUGGCAAAUAGCAAUACAACAUCCUGGGUUAAAUUUUCAGGGAGAUUUCUAAUGCAGUCUAAUUACUUGACCAACCUUA